AAAGAAGAAGAAGAAGAAGAAGAAGACGGACGCUGGGCGAGAGCAGCAUCAUCAGCAGUAGCAGUCCGGGCUGUGUCCGCCAGCAGGCAGCAGCAGCUCCGACAGCAUGGACAGCGACGACGGGAGCGUGGAGGAGGUCGUGGAAGGUCCAUUGGAUGAAGAUGAUCAGCCCCAUGGUUUCUGCACAGUGUCCUAUUCAUCCAGUGACCGUUUUGAGGGCCACUUCAGCCACGGAGAGAAGAAUGGCCGGGGGAAGUUCUUCUUCUUUGAUGGCAGUGCACUGGAGGGCUUCUACGUGGACGACGCUCUGCAGGGCCAGGGCGUGUACACGCAUGAAGACGGAGCUGUCCUCCAUGGGACAUAUGUAGAUGGCGAGCUCAACGGGCCCGCUCAGGAGUGGGAUUCCGAGGGCCGCCUGGUGUUCAGGGGCCAGUACAAAGACAACAUCCGCUGUGGGGCAUGCUGGGUCUACUACCCUGGUGGAGGCUGUGUGUUCGGGGAGGUGAAUGAGGACGGCGAGAUGACCGGUGAAGCUGUAGGCUACAUCUACCCUGACGGACACACGGCUCUCUACGGACGCUUUGUGGACGGAGAGAUCAUCGAGGCUCGCCAUGCCACCGUGAUCUCCAGCCAGAGUGGAAGGCCACGCUUCAAAAUCACCGCCAACAGUCCGGUGUACUCGUACGACAAGUCGACGUCUACCUGUAUCACGGCCCACCCGCUGCUCCCCGACCCCUACGAGAGCCAAAGGGUGUUCGUGGCCGACUCUACGAUCAAAGGAGCGGGACAGGGCCUGUUUGCCAAGACGGACGCUGAGCCGGACACCGUGAUGGCUUUUUAUAACGGAGUCCGCGUCACACACUCCGAGGUGGACAGCAAGGACUGGGCCCUGAACGGGAACACCAUCUCAUUGGACGAGGACACCGUGAUCGAUGUCCCUCAGCCAUUUGACCAGACAGACAGAUACUGUGCCUCUCUGGGUCACAAGGCAAACCACUCCUUCACCCCCAACUGCAAAUAUGAGCCGUUUGUCCACCCUCGUUUUGGGUCAAUCAAGUGCGUCCAGACCUUAAGGGCUGUGCAGAAAGACGAGGAGCUGACGGUUGCCUAUGGUUACGAUCUGGAGCCAGCGGGGGGAAAUGGCCCCGAGGCCCCUGAUUGGUACAAGCAGGAGCUGAAGGAGUUCCAGCAGAGACAGGCGGCGCCCAGCAGCCUGUGACAGACUCCUGCAGCCCCCGCUGGAUGUUUGAGAAGUUCCUCCCCUCACGGGGCGG